GAGCUUCCAGGCGGGCGAGGGAAAGAGAGAAAGUAGCCAGCCAUGUCGAACGCAAUGUAUAAUAAGAUGUGGCAUCAGACCCAAGAAGCCCUCAAUUCUUUGCUUGAUAAAGAGUCUCAGAACAUAAUGGAAUCACAAAACAAUCAAGUUUUCAUCUUCCAAAUGUUAGCCACCUUCUACAUAAAAUACGUGCAGAUCUUCAGAAACCUGGAGGAUGUCUAUGACCAGAUCGUCCACCCGCAGAAGCGAAUAUUGAUCCGAAAAAUACUGGAUGGAGUGAUGGGUCGCGUCCUGGAACUGAAGAAUGAAAUGGUUGAAUUGGAAUUAACAGAGUUUCAUUAUUUUGAUGACAUCCUACAGGAUCUAAAGUUGGCUCCUCAACAAUUAGAUAUUCCCAUUCCCAAGUAUUUUUUGAAGGAGAAGCUGGAAGUCAUCAAAGGAAGAGAGAAAAUCCUUGCUCAGAUAUUAGCCAACACUGGACUAGAUAUACCUGAAAAGAAAUACACCGUAAAGGGCAUCCCCCUAGAAGAGGCUGUUAAACUAAUCCAGAUCGCUGAGAGAGCGCGGCAAGGCCGCCUAAGAGCAAUGUUCAUGAAGCAGAUCUUCCUCCAAGAAUACAGAGCAAAGCAAACCAGGAUACUUGGCGAGAAAGUUGCUGACAUGGGAGCUGCCGUGCUGCAGAUUCAGAAGGUUUGGCGAGGUUUCCAUCAACGUAGGAAAACUGAGAAACAGAGAGAGGAGGAGAUGAUAUUCCUGGGUAUGAAACCACCUCCUCUGUUUAAUGAAGUCAGUGCUACAGUAAUCCAGGCUGAAAAGGUGAGCUUCCUGAGGAAUGAGGUGCAGGUAAAGCAUGAGGAGAACUACAAAGAAGCCUUGGUUACAAUCAAGGAUGACCUGAAAUUAAUAGAAGGUCCAGACAUCAAGGAAAACCUUCAGGACCAGAUCCGGCAUUGGUUCAUCGAAUGCAGGAACUUAACCGGCACAUUUCCUGAAUACCCUAACGUGGAAGAAGGAGGGUCCGCCAUUAUCUUUUCCAACAAGACCCCACAACAGGUUACUGAGGAUAUUAUUGCAAGCCAAGAAGAAGAGGAGAAAAACAAAAAGAAGAAAAAGAAGGAGGCCAAGAAACCCAAGAAACCUAAAAAAGAAAAGGAAAAGAAAGGUGCAAAAGAAAAAAACAAGGAAGAAGAUGACGGCUGGAAAAUGUCACCAAGUGUUUUCCUUCCCACGAUGGAGGAAGGAAAUAACGUGUACAAAGACCUGUGGAAGAAUAAGGACGAGUCAUGGAAUCUCCCCCAGGACUAUGACCCGGAACUGAUCAAACAGGAGAAACGGAAGGAACUGGAGUCGGAGAUCAGAGCGCAGGUGGAUGAGCUAAUGAGACAGGAACUAAAAAACUUGAAACUGGCUGUGGACAGAGAAAAGGAGUAUCCGGUCAAAGCAGCAAAGAAGAAAGGAGAUAAAAAGAAAAAGAAAGGGAAGAAAGGCAAAAAAGGGAAAAGAGGGAAGGACAAAGAUCUGACAGCAGACAGGACCAUUGAGUCUCUGUAUAAGGAACUGGUGGAAGAAGGGUUGCUGAUCCAGGCUCUGAAAGUUAACCUCUCUGAUUACAUCGGAGAGUACAGUUACCUGGGCACCACGCUUCGCCAGGUAUCCAUAGAACCCAUGCCUUCCCUCCUGGAUGUCAGACAGCUCAUCGCCCUGUACGGGAUCUUGCCACUAGGUUCUGCAACGGUGCACGAGAAGGCUCCUUUGGUGAAAUCCCUGCUGCUGGCAGGGCCAUCGGGGGUAGGGAAGAAAAUGCUGGUCCACGCCAUCUGCACCGAAACGGGAGCCAACCUCUUCAACUUGUCGGCAGCUAACAUUGCGGGGAAGUACCCUGGCAAAAAUGGCUUGCAAAUGAUGCUGCAUGUGGUCAUCAAGGUGGCCCGGGAGCUCCAGCCCUCCGUGGUGUGGAUCGGAGACACAGAGAAAACCUUCUACAAGAAAGUCCCCAGCACAGAAAGGAUGAUCGAGCCUAAACGCCUCAAAAAACAGCUUCCCAAAAUCCUGAGACUCCUGAAACCGGACGACAGGAUUCUGAUUGUGGGAACAACACAGCGCCCUUUCGAUGCUGAACUUCAAUCUUUUUGCAAAGUUUACCAAAAAAUUAUUUUGGUUCCCAGACCAGACUAUGCUUCCAGACUCGUUCUGUGGAAACAGAUCAUUCAACGCAAUGGAGGCAUCAUUACCAAUGCCUUGAAUAUAAGUUGCCUGGCAAAGGUCACCGAUGGCUUCACCCAGGGACACAUAGUCGAGAUGGUUCAAGGUGUGCUCACAGACCGCAGAAUACGGCAGCAAACUUACAAACCGCUCACAGCUGCCGAGUUUAUUGCAAUGUUAACCCGCAUGAGUCCGGUGUACCAGGAGGAAGAAGAGAGCUUUAAGAACUGGUACGCCAAAACCCCCACGGGUAAAAAGCGAGCCUUGGCGCUAACAGGAGGGGACAUUGAGAAAGAAAAGGAUAAAGGGAAAAAGAAGGGGAAAAAGGAGAAGAAAAAGUAA